AUUCAGGGCAUCAGCGGUGGAUAUUUAACUGAGGCAGAGAUCAGACUGACAUCCAGACGGACGAGGAACAAGGAACGAGACUACUCCACUACUUCACCUGAGUUGCAGAGAGCUGUGAGAUCCUGAACCAUGCGUCCUGUUGUGGUUACUGCCAUCCUUCUUCUGGUGGUGCUGAUGUUCAUCUCGGACUCUGCAGCCGGGAAUCCUGCAAAAAUGUGUAGGACCAAAUAUCCGGCCACACCGUGUAAAAACAAGAACCUCGGUGAAGGCUGGUCCCAGAUGGGUGACAACCGCUGUGUGAAGGCGUUCAACAAAACUCAUUUUGGUUAUCAUGAUGCAGAGAUGACCUGUAGAAAAUUCCCAAAUGGCCAUCUGGUAUCGAUCCACAAUGAGGCGGAGCUGAAUCAAGUCGAAUGUGACAUGUAUCGAACCACCACCAGAAAAGCUCACUACUGGAUCGGAGGCCACCGUAAAGAAACUGGUCAAGCUCCCUCUAAAACUCAUGAGUAUGUUUGGACGGAUGACAGUAGUUUUGGUUACACCAACUGGGCUGCUGGCCAGCCUGACUUCCGUUUGCAUAAGGAGUACUGUGUUGAGAUGAACUAUCGGGACUGGGGACAAUGGAACGAUGCAAACUGUAAGGAGAAGAAGCUCUUUGUGUGUGCAGUGAAGGUCUAGAGGUCCAGAGAGAACCUGAAGACCAGCAGUUGGACCAGUCUGCUUCAACUGGAACCACUGCAAGCUUUUACAUUUACAGCAAUAAAUAUUCAGCAUCA